UUCAAAUCUGAGGAGCGGUUGGGGUGGUGGUUUCGCCACUCUCGGGCGGCCUGAGGGAGCGUGAGCAGCAGCAGCAGCAGCAGCAGCGAUGGACCCGUUCACUGAGAAACUCCUUGAAAGAACCCGUGCCCGGAGAGAGAACCUGCAGAAGAAAAUGGCUGAGCGGCCCAAGACAGGACUGAGACCCACAAUGCAGACCAAGAGGGUCAGAGAGCCUUUGUUAGAAACUGGUAACCAGGCACCUCUUCCUGGUGAAGAAGUGAAACCUGGUACAAAGCCAUCACCAUCAAAGAGGCUCUGCCCUAACAAUAUGGAGACUCAAGCUUCCAGUUCGGAGAACAUACAGCCAGUUCCCUCAAGUUCCACAAGCAAUCAUUAUCCUGAGAUGACUUCAGAGUUGCAUGUAACUGCUUCUAACAGGGCUUCAUUGGUUCAGCCUCUUGAGAAAGGAAAAACAAACACCAAGUCAGAAACUCCUGCAGUCCUUUCAGUCAAAACACGUAUGCAGAAAUUGGCAGAACAGCGACGCUACUGGGAUAGCGAGGAUCCCUCUGAAUGUGUUCCUCUGUCUCCCCUCCAGUCAAAAGAUCUGUCUGUUUCUCCACCUAAGCAGACAUCUAGUGCCCUGGCAAGUGAUACCCCUAUUGGGAGAAGAGGCCGUUUAGCUAACCUUGCUGCUACAAUUGGUUCCUGGGAAGAUGACCUAAGUCAUCCAUCUGCAAAGCAAAACAAUGCACAAGAACAGCCUGGCACUACUUGUUUAUCCAAAUUGUCCACUACAAGUGGAGCAUCUGCUAGAAUCAAUAGUAGCAGUGUAAAGCAGGAAGCUGCAUCCUGUUCUCAAAGGCUUGUUGAGGCUUCUAUUAAUAAACCAGCAAACUCAAAGACAGAGGAUUCAAACAAUUUUUUAACACAAUCCUCAAGAGUCACUGUUCCCUGUUCUAAAGAAUCUGAACUACGACAACAGCUAACAGAGAAUCCCUGCAGCCCUCAGAAAGCUGAAAAGCGUACACAAACAGCAAAAUCAACUUUGCCUCAACCAGUUCAGUCCAAAGUAGAGCCAGUCAAAGGAACACAUGUGCAACUUGAACCUAAGGCUAAACCCACAACACCAGGGGGAUCAGGAAUUAAGCCCUUCCUGGAACGCUUUGGGGAGCGCUGUCAAGAGCGUAGUGCACAGAGUCCUGCUACGAAUACUUCAGGGUGCAGAACACCCAUUGUUACCCCAAAUACAAGGACAAUCCAGGAAAGGCUUCUCAAACAAAAUGAGAAUUCCUCUACUGCCAGUUUAGCACUCCAGCUUAAGCAGGAACGUGAACGAGAACUUGCAUGCCUUCGUGGCCGGUUUGAUAGGGGCAAUCUGUGGAGUGCGGAGAAAAGUGAUAGUUCGAAGAGAAAACUUCCAGAAGCUAAAAUGGAAAGCCAAUCUCAGGCUAGUCCAAAACAUCCUCCUAGUUCAGAUGCCACUGCUUUUGGAUCAGCAGAAGACAAACCAGCAGGUGACAUGCAAGCAAAGUCUCCCAGUGUGGAAUCUUCAGAUGCUUCUAAAUGUGAACAGACUGAUAAACCCAGUCCUCUGAAGAUCACUGAGCCAAAGAGCCCUGUAAAAGCGAUGUCUAUCUCAAAACUUGAACAACUAGCUGAGAAACCGAAAGAUGAAGUAUACGAAAUUGAAAUGAGUGUGGAUGAUGAGAUGAAUAGCUCAAAAGUGAUAAAUGAAAUUUUUGAAGUUCUUCAAGAGGAUGGUCCAGACAUAGAAAAGCUGAAGAAAGAAAUGAGCAUGAGCUUGGAAGGUGAAAGUGAUGAGGAGGAGCAGGAAGAGUCACUGAAUAUUUCAUCAAUGUCUCUGUUAACCCCUCUAGUGGAAUCUGUUGGUCCAGAGGCCUUUGUCUCUCCUUGUAAGUCAACUGUUGAAGGUAGUAGUAUCAGUGAUAUAAGUCUGAAGUCUGAAAAAUUCCAAAGGACUAAAGUCCCCAGGGCAGAAUCCGGAGACAGUAUUGGCUCUAUGUCAGAAGAUCGCAACCUUCUAUAUAGCGUUGAUGCAUAUAGGUCUCAAAGAUUUAAAGAAACUGAUCGUCCUUCAAUAAAGCAAAUCAUUGUUCGCAAAGAAGAUGUUACUUCUAAAUUAGAAAUGAAAAAGAAUGGCCCAUCUGAUCAAGUCAAUAUCAAAAAGAAAAUGCAGGAGCUGAAUAAUGAGAUCAACAUGCAGCAGACAGUGAUUCAUCAAGCCAGUCAAGCUCUGAACUGCUGUUUUGAUGAGGAACAUGGAAAAGGGUCACAAGAAGAAGCAGAGGCAGAGAGACUUCUUCUCCUUGCAACUGAGAAGAGAACUGCUUUAUUGGAAGAACUGAAUAAACUGAAGAGUGAGGGACCUCAUAGUAAAAGAAAUAAAGCUGCUUCUACAUCCACUGAAUUUGCUCCAUCCAGGGGAUCUGUUUCCAUUUCAGAAAUGCGUCUACCUCUAAAAGCAGACUUUGUGUGUGGUACGGUUCAAAAGCCAGAAGCAGCAAAUUACUACUAUGUAAUAAUACUGAGAUCUGGAGCAGAAAACAUGGUUGCAACUCCAUUAGCAAGUACUGCCAGCUCCCUGAAUGGAGACGCUCUUACUUUUACUACGACAUUUAUUAUGCAUGAUGUGUCAAAUGACUUUGAAAUAAAUAUAGAAGUUUACAGUUUGGUGCAGAGAAAAGAAGUUACAAGCACUGAUAAAAGGAAAAAGGCAAAUAAAUCUAAGGUUAUCACUCCAAAGAGGUUAUUAACAUCUAUUACCUCUAAAAGCACCCUUCUUACUCCAGCCAUGGCCAGUCCAGGUGGCCCUAAUGCUGUACGCACUACUAAUUUCAUCCUUGUUGGAUCCCACAAGCUAUUGCUGUCUUCUGUAGGAAAUGCCAAAUUUGCAUUGGACAAGGUUCCUGUUUUGUCUCCUUUGGAAGGUCAUAUAUAUCUAAAGUUAAAAUGCCAAGUGGACUGCUCUAUGGAGGAGAAAGGGUUCUUGACUAUGUUUGAAGAUGUUAGUGGGUUUGGAGCAUGGCACAGGCGCUGGUGUGUGCUGUCUGGAAAUUGUAUAUCUUACUGGACAUACCCAGAUGAUGAAAAACGAAAGCAUCCUUUGGGCCGGAUAAACUUGGCUAACUGCACUAAUCAUGAGAUCGAACCUGCCAAUAGGGAGUUCUGUGCCCGUCCCAACACUUUUGAACUAAUAACUGUCCGACCUCAGAGGGAGGAUGACAGAGAGACUCUUGUCAGCCAAUGCAGAGACACACUCUGUGUUACAAAGAACUGGCUGUCUGCUGAUACUAAAGAAGAGCGUAACCUUUGGAUGCAAAAGCUCAACCAAGUCCUUGUUGACCUUCGCAUGUGGCAGCCUGAUGCCUGCUACAAACCUAUUGGAAAGCUUUAAACUCAGGAAGGGAAAUAUGAAGAAAAUAUGUAUGCAAAAACCCACAUGAACUACACAAAAAAAACUUAAAUGAAAAUGUGGGAAGUCCUCUGGGUCACUUAUGCUUUAAAUUUGAGAGAGUAUUUAACAUUAUACAGGACUAUGUUAUGCAGUAUUUUUAUUUCACUUUAAGAAUUUUAAAACUCUUUUACUUCCUAGCUUUUAAGUAUGGUAGGAAGCAAUUAGCUGUUUCUAAAUGUGCUAAAUAUUUAUGUAACUCCUUUUUUGGAAGUGUUUUUUAGCUAAGUACAUUCUCUUCUUCAAACAACUAAAUUAUUGCAGGAAAUCACACUUCAGGGCAGGAAGAGGGGGCAAGCUAGUGAAAAAAACAAGCCUACUAGAUAACUCAGCUCCCUGAAAAAAUCAAUAGCUCAGAGUUCUCUUACAAGGAUGGAGCUGAAGCACAAGACUUAAUAUUGGAGCAUUUGUCAGGUUUUUUUGUAAUGAUCAGGCACAGAAGUUACUAGUAAAUUUUAUUCUACAACAUGCAAUAUAGAUAUUUCUUGCUUGCACGGUGUCCUUGUCAGAACAAACAUACACAAUAUAUUCAUACUUCUUUUGCAAUUUCUCAUACAAACUUCUAUGGAUAAGUGCAUGGCAUGUAUACUAUAUGGUUUACAGGUGUGGAAUUAUGUAUGCAGUAUAUUGCACUUUGAUAGAAAUGAAAGGUCUUGAAUAUUUUUGUUAGGACUGAGAUAUAACAAAAAACAAACAAACAAAUUAGGUUUAGGGUUGUAUAUGUCAGUAUUUCCUGGGACUCAUGGUUUGUACAAGCUACAAUUCUCCUCCAUUUGAGAACCAGGAAUAGGUUGUAAAAGUGCUUUUUUUUUUUUUUUUUUUUUUAAAAAAAACACUACAAAGCUGCUAUGUACCAGCUAAUACUCUGCUGGCCUAAAGUAUGGGUAUUCCUCCCCCUCAUAGACAUGUCCAUAAAUGCAAAUAAAAACAGUACUUCAGAACCAUCAUUAAAAUGGCAAAACUUCUCAGUUGAAACUUGCAAUUUUCACAGCUUUUUGCUGGGCUUAGUGAAAUACUAUCUCAUUACUUCACUAUUGUGAAUACAAUAGUGGAAUACUUAAAAUUGCUAUUGCUGUUAUAUAUUCACACUUGAAACACUAAAUUCUGUUAGCUUAUACUAUUUUCAUCCUGCCACUUUUGUACUUGCUUUUAAAUCUAGUUUUCUUUUUCUGAUGUCUUUAAAUGUUUCCAAACUAUGUAUUGAGAUUUAUUUUAUUCAUUUAAAAUAAAGAAUAAGACACUUUCUGCUUCUUUCAUAAUGUCAUCUAUGUGUUUGAGAUACUAGUUUGUAGGCUAGAAGAAGAAAAGCUGGACUCCACACAGUGUUUAAGAAAGGAUUCCAUUCAGUAUGUGUAUCCCAAAAUACCACUUGAUUUGGGAAGAUAAUGUGAUGCCUCAGGGGUAGCUAGCACCAAAUUUUGUAGUGGGAAGCCAGAUUGUCCAUGGGCAGUUUCCAUGAAUUGCUUUGUUCAUAUAUGAAUGUAGAAGCUGCUAGAGACCAGCAGUUCAUCAAGUAUGGAGAGGCGAGAUGGUUCUUUUCUCUUGUGAUAGAGACAUGGCAGCAGAGUAGCAAUAGACCAUGGAAAGUGGAACAGUAAAUUUUGUCUGUGAAUACACAGUAGGCUGUCUACUUUUAACUUUGAAGUGGAUAUUAAUAAAAAAAUCAUUAAAUAUAAAAUUAUGAAAUGAAUCCAUAGAAAGAUCUUAAGAAUGGAACUGGAUAUAUCUAAGGGAAUGACACAUUUUUAUUUAGGUUAAUUGGGCUAUUAUCCAUUGUAGAAACUAAUCUGUGUGUGUUCAUUGCCCAAGAUGAAAAAUUAUCCUCAUCAAGGAAAGGUAUAAUGUGUAAUGGGUGAUGUAAGUUAGAAAAGCUGACCUGGAUGGUGAGUUCUAGACACAAGCUGUCAGUGGCAAUGAUGUGCUACUGUAGCCAGCAGAAGUGUGUGACGCUAGCUGAGCAGCAAGCCUGCAUUUACAGCGUUACUGACUUGCACUGCUGUGUACCUUCUCCCCUCCUGCAUGCCCCUGCUCUUUUAAGGGUGAGCUGUGGAAAAUUUUUCAAAAAUGUUGGCAAGCAUUUUUUUUUUCCAUAUUUGUUGGAGAUCCUUUUCGAAGAGGCCAGACAGCGUGAAUUCAAUAGCUUCAGGUAGCUAUAGAUGUUCUAUACCUCAAAAAUAGUUCCUACUGUCUGAUUUCAAACAAAGCUUUAAGUUUUGUAAAAAUGGUUUAUGAACAGAAUAACCUCAAAAAACCCCUUCCUAUUUGCAGUGCAUUGGAACUAGCCAGUGACAUAAUUCUUCCUCUAUUCAGGUGCUCUGACUCUCCCCCCAAAAAGACCUUGAUAGUACAGAUUUCUAGAAGAAAUGGUCUGCUAUAAAGUUUGAAUUUCAUGAAACUACUUAGCUUUCUGAGAGAAACUUCUUUUUUUUCCUGCUUAUUUCUCUCUUCCCCAUGCAUUUGUCACAUUCAACCAACCUAGGCACCAGGAGAUAGUUAAACUAAUGGAAUAGACUAGGAUUCAUAGUUUGUAACUGCUUUAGAAUAAAUAAGCUUUUUCAGAAGCAUUUCUUUAAAUAUAGGACAUUUAUUUUUAGAGUGGUACUGAUAAGUGAUGGAUGGUUGGGGGUGCAGAUCUUCAGCUGGUUUCUGCAUUCUUUGAAAUAAUGGAGAGACACAGCAGUUGUAAAAGCUGACAGCUUAAUAGGCCUGAAAUUCAUCUUUAUUUGCAAAUGGUUACUACAUUAGUUACAAAUCAAAUUUCUGCAUCCAGCCUAAUUCUGAACUGCAGAGCUCGCCUCUGAGGCAUGAGGACAUAGGGUUUGGUUAGUGCUCCUUCAGCCAGUCAUGAAUUCCCUCAGAGACCCUGUAUCAUGUAUGGAGCAAUUAUACUGGGCAAAUCACAGAGCUUUGCUUUGGGGUUCAGCUGUGUGGGUUUCAGGUUGUUUUUGAGAAGAUGCUGUUCUAAUUUUAUAAGAAAGCUUUUUUUUUUUUCCAUUGUUCAGAAAUUCAAGAUGUUCACUAAUAAGAAACUCUAUAAAUGGAAAAUGCUUUGCUCUGGGCAAUGAAGCUUAUUUUAGCUGAGGAAAUUUCAGUUUUAGUAGCUUGUAAAACUCCUAAUUGGCGUUAUUAAAUCCCAACCUCAAAUGAAAUACAAUCAUUUGCAAUGAAAUUGCCUGAAAAUUUGGCUUCUAAACACAUACUGUUCCCUUCCCCCUUUUAAUUGCUACAUUUCUGUAUUUUGGUGUAGAGGAAAUUAUCUGAUAUUCUGUAAUUAUUGUCUGUGCUGUACUUGGUCUAUAGUAAAACCAUGUGGAUGCA